AUGUACGGUCUGGAUAUGCGUCCUCAAUCCACUAUAGUUGUUCAGUACACCGAUAUUUUAAAGUCCUCGGAGGCUGCAAUUAUUAACCGAUACAAGGUACAUGGUGAUUGGGUACGUCAGGUACGAUACAUUCCUCCACUGGACUGCUUUAUUAGUUGUGCGACCCAGUGGAGCGGUGCUCUGGCGAUUUCCUGGCUGGAGAAAAUAACAACUAAUAGUGAUGGGUUCAUCGAAGAGUCAAGAUUUGAUAUCCACCAAGGGAUCAACGGAUUUGACUACCACAGUGACCUAAGUCUGAUUGCAACAGCCGGAAUUAAUUUUCACAUUAACUUAUGGAAUCCAUACGUUACUUCAAAACCAAGUGGGUUGCUUCGAGGUCACUCGGCUGCUGUUGUGGCUGUUCAAUUCCAGACCACACGACAGCGGUUGUUAAGUUACUCCAAAGAUAAUGUUCUUUGUGUUUGGGACACGCAACUUCAAGUCUGUAUCCAAAAGCUGACGGGCAUUUAUCCAAAAGGACUUAAUGUCUAUUAUAGGACAUAUUUUCAUGAGGAAAAGGGCAGACUGUUUAUUGCCUAUAACGACACAUUGGCAGUUCUUCAAAUGAGACCCGAUAUCACCGACCGCAUUUUCACACAUGACACCCCUGUUGUCGGUGUUGUCUACAACCCCACUUUUAAUCAGAUUGUUACGGUAUGUCAAGGAGGUAAAAUGGCCUACUGGCUGGUUGAAAGUGGACAGCGAAUUAAAAACAUCACCAACUGCCACGGUGACGCUGAAAUAACCUGCCUUUCUCAGGAUUCUACCUUUACCCGCCUUUACACAGGCAGCACUAAUGGAACUGUCAAAGUGUGGGAUAUGAAUGGUCAUUGUCAGCAUACACUUGUGUGCUCCAAGAAUUCCUUUUUAGACGUCACGCAGGUGGUCAUUCUUAAAAGAGCAGUUAUCGUAAUCGGUGGCUCGAAACACUUCACCGUUUUCAAAAUGACCAACUUUAAUGACCAUUUUGUCUACCCGUCUGAGUGGAAAAGUCCACCGCAACACAGGGACGAUGUCGUGGCUGGUUGCCCUCUUCCACCGCACAGUCUCAUUACUGGCUCCUAUGAUGGUGAAUUGAUUGUCUGGAACACCAAUUCCGACCUUGUUUCUAGGCGAAUGAAUCAACGAACCACCAAAAAUACUGAAACGUACUCGGAAAUGCUCUAUAACAUCUCGAGGGUGGUUCUCCUGACAGCGCGAAGUUCAAUUAAGUCCGGAAGCACUAAAGGCGCAAACAUUGUUACCUGUGGAGGCAAUGGAUAUGUCCGCUUCUGGAAUGCAUAUGAAUGUAUCCUUAUUGGGGAGUUUGCGGCUCACCCUAAAGUGAGCAGUAUAGUGAUGGCCGUUGAUCCGUUAAACGAGAAGCUCGCAACCGCAGAUGUCGAAGGAAACGUUAAACUAUGGAAUAUAGCCACUUAUUGCUUGAGCGAGGGUUCAGAAAAGUGCAUGUACGCUCCACCACUCAUUUCUCAGUGGAAUGCGCAUUUGGACCUAAUAACAGACGUGGUAUUUUGUGUUCGACCCGAAAAACGAAACGUGCUUGCCACAUCCAGCUCCGACUGUUCGGUUUGCCUUUGGAGUCUCGAGGGUCACCGACUCGGUAUCUUUGGUCAGGCCGAUCGGUGGAAACUUGACUCGUUUCAGAGGGAUACAUCGAAGGACUCCGUCUUCAGUCAAGAGGUCCUUCCAGAGCCCGCACUUGAACGUUCCAGCGAAGAAGACUCGAAAGGGAUCGGAUCCGCACCCUUCAUCGGUCUGGCAGGCGAGGACUUUGCCCUCGGAAUAAAGAAUGUUCUGGGUGACGGGAAAAUACAUUCAGAGGAAGAUCUCCAACGCAUUCGCGAUAGACUGGCAGUCUGGGAUCAAACUAUCAUGGGGUAUCGUUUCAGACAUCGAUACGACAUCGGGAAAUUGCAAUCACAGUAG